AUAUAACAGUAUCAAUUCCAUGGAAAAUCGGAGAAUCGGUCGAAAAAAAUAAAAUAAAAUAAUAAAUUAAAUGCGUUCCAGCCAAACAUGGCAAGACAUGUCGUUACAAUAGUGUGUUUCGUCUGUGUGAUAUAUACUGCAGGAGCCCAGAUUAAGCCAGAAUGGGAGAAGCCGGAUGCCUGGAGUCGACAUAGGUCUGCAGUAUUAGCCAGAGAAGCGAAGGAAAAUGCCUUGGAAACACAAAAUUCGAUCGCCGUAAUUGCGUCCAAAAGUUGUGCCGAAGAUUUACAAUCACAACAGGAACUAAGUACAAUAUUUUACAAACGUCUCGCACAAUUGUUAUUUAAGGAGAAAAAAUUCAAGGAAACCGAACUUGGUUUUGUCACACGUUCCAUCGAAAUAAAGUUGGAAAAGGAUCGUUUGCACUUGAUUAAUUCUCUAAUUGAUGGCGACGAUGAUGGCCAACUUACGGAAUUGGAUGAUCAAAUAAUCAGAGUAUUGCAGGAAUCUGAAGGCGGAUUUGCAGCAACAGUCAAAGACGAAAUUUUGACUGUUUUUGAAAUAAUUUUUCAAUAUUUACGCGAUAAAAAUGUGCAAGCCUUCUUAUAUUCAGUUUUCUUUUUUAUUUUAUUGCCACUGUUAUUCAAACGUUUCGGCUGGAAUAUGGCGAUCUCGAUUAUUUUCAUAUUACUUUUUGUCGGCUUUGUUGUUCAGUACAUGGAAUGCAACAAACAGAAGGAAGGUGAGCAAAUAAUAAGAUUUAAGAAAAUAAAAGAUCCCAGCAAGACGCCGUGCGAAGGAGUGGAUUUGAGCGAAGACACUUGGUUUGAGUACUUGGUUACUUGGUUUGGUUUUUCGGGAAAACAAGGGGAUUGCAUCAAAUACAUAAGAGAAACAGCCAAAUUGGAUCUGGAUGUUUGUCUUCCGGACGAAGUUUUGAUUCAAUACUUUUGCGAGACGCUUUCAAAUAUUGUGCUACGUUUAUUCGGUAGCAUAAUAGACAGAUUUCAUGAGACAACAAAGAACUACAGUAUCCCUGGACGAAUAUUUGCCUUUGCUAUAUUCCUGUCGAUGAUGAUAAUAUGUGCCUAUUUCUUCUUCGGAAUGACGAUACCGAAUAUCUUAAUUCAUGGUUUAAGAGAAAUUUUCAGUGGAAGACGAAGAAACAGCGAUGCCAAUGAAAGGCAUAGUAUAAAAAAUCAAGAAAAAUCCUCGUCGAAAGAAGAUCACCUAAAGGAAUUAAUAAAGGUUACAAAACUCUUGGCCGAACAAAAUCAAAUACAAACAAGAAAUGCAUUAGAAGGUCGCUAUCGUAAACCAUUGCGAAGAAAACGAAUAACAGAAAAUCGUAUUGAAGAUUUGACCGAUGAGGAGGAAACUGAUGGUCCAAAAGAGUUAAAAGAAAAAAAUGAAGAAGAAGAAAUUAGUGUCAGUGAAAGUAAUUUUGAAGACACGUCUGAUAACGUUGAAGAGCUAAAAGCCGAAACGACAAUCAUAAAAAAAACCAAAGUUCAAUAA